AUGAAGAACUUUGAUAGCCCUAUGGCUUCAGCACCGGACAACUGGAAUGAUCUGAAGAUGUUGGCCGAUGUUGCCGCUAGAGAGUACGAUGCCAGAACCACUAAGAAAGACAGUUCCAAGUCGCCUCCAUGUCCGAGUACGAAACCUAGGGUUUCGCUUUCAAAGCCGAGUAGAUCAAACUCGAAGCUGCUCGUGUUGGCUGAAGUCGCCGCUAUGUUUGCCCUUGAGAGAGAAAAAGAACAAGAAGCGAGAAUCACUGUGAAUGUACCUAGAAAGAAGAGAACUCAUCGUAGUCACCGAUCAUCAUCUUCCAUGGCAACAACAACACCAUGGACACGUGUCAUCGAGAAACAGAGAUCCGUUGAACUACAGAACCCGGAAACUUCUCCUUCUUCUUGCUUCUAUGAAUCCAAGAAACGUCGUGUCUCCAUUGAAGAAGAAGAGAGAAGCUUAAAGAAACGCAGAGUCGUUCGUCGUUUUGAAGAAGAAUUACGAGUACAACAAAACCCUAAUCUUGAUCUGGGAUCUUCUAGCGUCUCCACCAUUAACGUCUCCAAACAAGAAGAAGAGAGAAGUACUCGCAAGAAACCUAAACUCGUGUUGUUGCCUACGCAAACGAAUCCUCCUGAGUGGCUCUUGAACGUGAUGAUGAGAGAAGGUAACGGAUACAAUCCAAAGCUGAUCAUAGCGAAGAAACUGUACCAGAGCGAUCUCGAUAGAGUCCAAACACGUCUCUCGAUCCCAUUAAACCAAGUAGUGAACUCAGAUUUUCUUACGGAGGAAGAAUCAAGAAUCAUAUACGAACAGUCUGUGUUGAAGAUUCGUAAAGAAGGUGUGAGUGUUGAUUUGGUUGAUCCUCUGUUGAACAAACAUGUCGUUAAUUUGAGGAAGUGGAAGAUGAGUGGAGGCUGGAACUAUGUCUUUGUUGAUAGUUGGAACGAUGUGGUUGCUAAGAACACGUUUAAAGUCAAUGAUGUCUUUCAUGUCUGGUCUUUUCGAUCUGGUAGAGGAAAGCUCUGUUUUGCUCUCGUCCCUCCUCUUCCGACCAGAAAUUCAAGCCAAUGCGGUGGCUCUACUUCCGGUGAGUCUGGCCAUAAAUGCUCUUCUCUUGCUUGA